CGCCAAGAUCUCCCGCGGACCACCGAGACGCCUAUCUACCAUUUUCAAUGUGAAGAAGUUGGAGCUUCAGCUUCUUUGAUUAUCGCAACGGCUUUCCCAAUGCCACGUUGAGAUUCCAUGGCGCAUCGAUUUCUAGCCUCAACUUCAUGCCUCAUCAACGUUCCAGCACAACCACCAUGUUCGCUACUUUUCAAGAUCCACCCACCAAACUUCUACAUGCGCAUUGCCUGCUAAUUCCCGACCAGGGUGUAUAAAUUUUUCUGGGUAAUUCUUCUCGUUCUUCGUUCUUCCUGAAUUUUGAUCAGAAAUGGCGGCCAAGGAAGAUGCUAGUUCCACCGGCAUCAGGGUACAAGCGAUGCAAUUCGCUUAUGAAAGUGAUUCUCCUAUUUUCGUUGAAUUUAAUCUUGAGAUUGGCCCUGGAUCUCGAUGUCUUCUCGUUGGCGCCAACGGAUCUGGGAAAACAACUUUGCUGAAAAUUUUGGCAGGCAAACAUAUGGUUGGAGGAAGAGACGUUGUCCGGGUUCUAAAUAGUUCAGCCUUUCAUGACACUCACCUUGUAUGUAGUGGUGAUUUGGCCUACUUGGGAGGGUCUUGGAGUAAGACCAUUAGCUCUGCAGGAGAGGUUGCAUUACAGGGAGAUUUUUCUGCUGAACAUAUGAUAUUCGGAGUCGAAGGAACGGAUCCCGAAAGGAGAGAUAGGUUGAUUGACCUGCUUGAUAUAGAUCUCCAGUGGCGAAUGCAUAAGGUAUCUGAUGGGCAACGUCGUCGGGUGCAAAUCUGCAUGGGCCUAUUACAUCCUUUCAAGGUUCUUUUGCUAGAUGAAGUCACAGUCGACCUUGAUGUUGUUGCAAGGAUGGACCUUCUGGACUUUCUAAAGGAAGAAUGUGAUCAGAGGAGAGCCACAAUUGUUUAUGCAACACACAUAUUUGAUGGGCUGGAGACAUGGGCCACUCAUCUGGCAUAUAUUCAAGAUGGUGAGCUUAGAAAAUCAGAAAAGUUAUCUGAAGUUGAAGAGUUGAAGAACUCAGCCAAUCUGCUCUCAGUGGUUGAGUCUUGGCUGCGAGCUGAAACCAAAUCUGAGAAGAAGAAGAAGAACAUCUCUCCUUCCGUUGCGUCUCCUUUCAUGUCUUCCAGACAUAUGGCUUAUUACCGUUAGCUUUGCUAUAAUUAUCUUGCACUUAGAACUAUAAAGAGGUUCAUUAUGAUUGAUUUAAUUUAAUGAAAGCUUAGAAUAAAGAAGAAAAUAGUUUAAAUAAUUAACUGGGUUGGUUUACAAAUUUAAGAUUUAGAAUGAUUUUUGUUCUCAUUUCUUUUCAUGAUAUAAAGUAAAUGUAACCAUUGUUUCUAUCGAAUCUUAUGGAGUUCUAUUGUUUGUAAUACUGGUUUAUUUGUAAUAAUCUUAUGGAUCAUGUCUUCCAAUUUGAAGGGAAUAAGAACGAAUGUUGUUGGUCUCACCCUAGAUUGACAAAUGUUAAGGGGUGGUGGUAAUAAUUUUAGGGAA